GCGGGACGCGGCGAGUGCGUCAGUGCGCGCCGCUAAGCCGCCAUGAGGGCCGGCUCGCGCGGGCCCUUGCUGGUUACAGCCCUGCUCGCCAUACUGUAUUCAGGAUGGUGUUCCGAAGACGAAGAGCGUUUGGUGAGAGAUCUAUUCCGUGGCUACAACAAACUCAUCCGCCCAGUGCAAAAUAUGACACAGAAAGUGGACGUGCGCUUUGGACUGGCAUUCGUACAGCUUAUCAAUGUUAACGAGAAAAAUCAAAUCAUGAAAUCGAACGUGUGGCUGCGACUGGUGUGGAUGGACUACCAACUGAUGUGGGACGAGGCCGACUACGGCGGCAUUGGCGUCCUGCGUCUGCCACCGGACAAAGUGUGGAAACCGGAUAUCGUGUUAUUCAACAACGCUGAUGGUAACUACGAAGUGCGGUACAAAUCUAACGUUCUUAUUUAUCCGAACGGGGAGGUCCUCUGGGUGCCACCGGCUAUUUAUCAGAGUUCGUGCACUAUCGACGUAACCUACUUUCCCUUUGAUCAACAAACGUGCAUUAUGAAGUUCGGCUCGUGGACUUUCAAUGGCGACCAAGUUUCGCUAGCGCUCUACAAUAACAAGAACUUUGUCGACUUGUCCGACUACUGGAAGUCAGGGACGUGGGACAUUAUAGAAGUACCAGCGUACCUAAACAUUUACGAAGGCAACCAUCCUACUGAGACCGAUAUUACUUUUUACAUCAUAAUACGAAGAAAGACUUUAUUCUAUACCGUUAACUUGAUCUUGCCAACCGUACUUAUAUCGUUCCUAUGUGUUUUAGUUUUUUACCUACCAGCUGAGGCUGGGGAAAAGGUUACAUUGGGUAUUAGCAUUUUACUGUCACUGGUCGUGUUUUUACUGCUCGUGUCAAAAAUCCUGCCGCCAACGUCGCUCGUGCUGCCGCUCAUCGCUAAAUACUUGCUGUUCACAUUCAUCAUGAACACUGUCAGUAUCCUCGUUACAGUUAUCAUCAUAAACUGGAACUUCCGAGGACCUAGGACGCACAGGAUGCCUCUUUGGAUACGAAGCGUAUUCCUACACUACUUGCCUACUGCGCUGCUCAUGCGUCGCCCGCGUAAGACUCGACUCCGGUGGAUGAUGGAGAUGCCGGGCAUGGGCGCGCCGCCGCACGCCGCCGCGCCGCACGACCUACCCAAACAUAUUAGCGCAAUUGGAUCGAAACAAAGCAAAAUGGAGGCGAUGGAGUUGUCUGAUCUUCAUCAUCCGAACUGCAAGAUAAACCGCGCGGCGGGCGGCGGGGAGGUGGGCGCGCUCGGCGGACUCGGCGCGCUGGGCGGCCUCGGCCUCGGCGAGAGGAGAGAGUCGGAGAGCUCCGACUCCUUACUGCUGUCACCUGAAGCGGCCAAAGCAACUGAGGCAGUUGAAUUUAUAGCAGAACAUCUGCGGAACGAGGAUCUGUACAUUCAGACACGCGAAGAUUGGAAGUACGUGGCAAUGGUGAUCGACAGACUACAGCUGUACAUUUUCUUCAUAGUGACAACAGCGGGCACGAUAGGAAUCCUAAUGGACGCUCCGCACAUAUUUGAAUACGUCGAUCAAGAUCGUAUCAUUGAAAUAUAUAGAGGAAAAUAAACAUCAACUAAAAUAUUAGACCUAGUAAUACAUGAAAAAAUAAAACAUCGUAUUUAGGCUUCCAACUUUUACACUUAGAUAUAAAAUUAUUUAUAGCGGCGGUCGGCAGCGCAUCUGUAGUUCCUCUGGUGUUGCGGAUGUCCACGGGCGUCGUUGACCACCUCUGUGUGCCCGCCGCUCGUUUGCCCCCUUCUCUUAUAAAAAGAAAAAAAAGUCGCAAGCUCUAGAGCUUGAAUACUUUUUAACAUGUUUUGUUUUAACGUUACUGUUAUACCCUUUUUAUUUAUUUUCUAGACUAGCCGUUUCUACUUGAUACGUGAAGUCGAUGCCCUUUGUGGUAUUCGAUUCUCUCCAUAAAUAAUAGUUAUUUCUUGUAACAUGGACUUGAUAUCGUGAUUUUAAACAAUAAAUUCAUAAUACAAUGGCGACGUUAUAAGAAAUGUUUACUUGGACAACGUCUAAGAACCCAGUUUAAUUUAUGUGUGGUCCAAUAGUGUUUUAUUUGGAACAUUUUUACCGGAAUAACAAUUUAAGUAAUUAGGUAAAUCAUUCAGUAUUAUCUUAGUUUGUAUGUUACACGUAUUGUAGUAUUUAAUAAUUAUUAACAUAAAUAAUAGAAAAUAAAAUGGCUGUGUUCGGAGUUUACAAAAGCAGAUUAGUUAAUUACCUAUAAAUGUUUAAUGUAAGUCGAUUAAGCACUUUUUAAAUACAUAAAACGGCUUAGUAGGUAAAGUGUAAAUACUAAAUACUUUAUUGGCUAUAACUGUUGUUAAAUUUAUUUAUAGGUAAUUUAUUGCGACAAAUAUACAAUUGUUUUAUGUCAUAUUCAGUAAUCAGACAGUAUUUUUUUUUUAAUUUAUGUAAAUUUAUUUUUAAAAUGUUAGUUCAUAUCAUAUGUCGUUCACAGUAUACGAAGUCACCUAAUUUAAAUAGCAGAUAGCUAACAGAAAGCAUUGUUUUUAUUUGUUUGUAAUCUGUACAUUAAAACUAUAGGAUUUCCUUGUUUAAACCAAGCACAAGUUAUUAAAUUUUUUUUGAGAUUAGAAGUCAGAAAAAUCUUCCAACAAGAUCUUCCGAGAUAAUAAAAUUGUGUUAUAAAACAUGUACGGUAGUUUCUACUUGGAACUGUAUUUCUUAACUA